AAAAAAAAAAAAAAAAAAAAUUAUAAUAAUAUUGUGUUUGGAAAAAAAAAAAAAAAGUUAGGUUAUGUGUUAUCCCUUGUUAAGGUUGGCCCAACCCUAAAUCUUGGCAAUCAAGGAAUAGUGAACAAAAAGAAACCUAUAAAUAUAACUAACAGCUUAAAAACGACAUUCAUAUUUUCUGUUUCACCGUCUUUCUCCUCUCAAACCUUUGAUCGCAAAACUAACAUCCUUACAAUUCUCAAUUCAAUUUUUCUCAUAAUCAUCAAUCGAUCAAUCCCUUUUCUCAAUCGAUCCAUCUCUUCAAAUCGUGGUUUUUCAGGUUUGCUAACUUUACAAUCAUAAUAAUUCGCUUAUUACUCGUAUUUCCUCUGCAGUAUUCUUUAACUUAGGGUUUACGAUUAUGGGAUUGUUCUCUCCAAUUACGACAAUUUCGAUGCUGAAUUUUGAUUUCUGGUUUUGGUUCUGGCUAUAUAGGGUAUCGAUUUCUAGGGUUACGGUAUUGGGGCUUUUUAUGGCUACUUCCAUGUUUAGAUUUUUAGUUUUAAUUUCUAGGGUUCUAGCGUUUCAAUUGCAAAAAGGGGGUUUUGAUUUUAUUCGAUUAUUGUUACUCGUUUUUGGAUACGAAUCAUUGGUUGGUUACAAGAUCUGAUAUUGCAUCUCUGAUUGGUGGAUCGAUCAAUUUAUAUGAUGUAUUGAUUUGUUCGAUUGAUAACACACCCAGAAGAGAAUUGUUGAUUCAAUAGGCUAGUAUUGUGUCGAAUUUGAAAUUCGGAUCGUUUCGGUUUUUAUUCGAUUUGCUGUGGUUCCGGUUGAUUUCUUGGACAAGGGUUUUUGCAGUUACUCUCUAUAUCAUCAGAAGAGAGGGGAAAUCAUACCAAAGACACACCUUUAAUUGCUGAGACGAAUUAUAGUUGCGCGCGAUUAGUUAUGUUUAUGUUUUUUGUUGUCUAGAACGAUGGAAACUAUCACAAGAAGAGUCACACAGAGACAGAACAGGGCUUCAUUCAGCUGGCACCGUCAACCCUCCACUGCUCCUUCCAAUGACAAAGUCUGCAAGUUUUGGUUGGCUGGAAACUGUAGAAAAAAAUCGUGUUGUUAUUUGCACCCAGAGGUCACUGCUGCACCCAUCAAGCGCGUUUUGAAACUGAAUCGCGCUAGUUUCAAAGAGUCCCAUGAACCAAAAAAGCCGUUGAAUGCUAAUUGUAAGAGACAGAAUGAAGAUAGCACUAUUGAGGUUAAAAGGAAGCAUAUUUUGUCCUCUAAGAACGAGGUUGUCCAAAGUGAUCCUGCAAAAAUUGGGAAAAAUGAUCAUUCAUGUCAGGCUGCUUCUAAUGCUACAAAUGGAGAUGUUAAGAGUGCCCCGCGUACUAAAAUAUGCGAGUACUGGUUAAAAGAUAGCUGUGUUUAUGGUGAUAAGUGCAAAGAUUUGCAUUCUUGGUGUUAUGGUGAUGGAUUUUCUGUGGUGGCUCAACUUCAGGGGCAUAAGAAGGCUAUCACUGGAAUUACUCUUCCAUCAGGCUCUGAUAAGCUUUUCAGCUCUAGUAAAGAUGGGACUGUUAGAGCUUGGAAUUGCCAUACUGGUGAGUGUAUAGGUGUUGUUGAUAUGGGUGUUCCGGUUGAAUGUCUGAUAAGUGAAGGACCAUGGGUGCUUGCUGGUUUAACUGAUGCAAUCAAGGUUUGGAACAUCCAGACGAAUGCUGAAUUUACUUUAAGUGGACCAGCUGGACAAGUAUAUGCUAUGGUUGCUGUUGAUGGAUUGCUAUUUGCCGGAGUUAAUGAUGGCUCGAUAUUGGUGUGGAAAUUUAAUUUUGAAGCUACUAUGUUUGAAGCUGUAGCACCACUGAAGGGUCAUACUCAAGCCGUGGUUUCAUUGAUUUAUGGGGCUAAAAGACUUUAUUCUGGUUCAAUGGAUAGCACAGUAAAGGUUUGGGACUUGGAGACUAUGCAAUGCAUCCACACCCUCGCUAAGCACUCUGAGGUUGUGAUGUCCGUGCUUUGUUGGGAGCAAUUUCUGCUUUCAUGCUCUUUGGACCAGACAUUAAAGGUUUGGGCUGCCUCUGAAGCAGAAGAUCUAGAGGUCACUUAUGAACACAAGGAGGAGCAUGGUAUUCUCUGUCUGCAUGGUAUGCAUGAUCAAGCAAAUAAACCAAUUUUGCUUACCUCGUGCAAUGACAACACCGUUCGUCUAUAUGACCUGCCAUCCUUUGCUGAGAGAGGCAAGAUAUUUGCGAAACAAGAAGUCAGGGCUAUUCAGAUCGGCCCUGGAGGGCUUUUCUUCACUGGUGAUGGAACCGGUUUGUUGUCAGUUUGGAAAUGCUCAAGUGACUCAACUGCAACACCUCCUGAAGCUUCUUAAUUUGAGCAGUUUAGUUAAUUAUCAUGCCAAUUCAAUUUUGAAAAUAGAAGUAAUUGUGUAUUCUUCCCACGUGAAUGUAACACAUUGUUACAGACCUCUCUCUAUAUAUAAUCUCUUUUAACAACGUACAGAGUACAAGACUACAACAU